AUGGUUAAUAGAGACCAGGAUGCAGACGAAGUAAUUCAUAGAGUCAUGCGGGAAAACAUGAUGGAAAAUGACCUAACCAGUAUGAUAGAGAGAAUCAUGGCCCAGAAUGGUCUAAACACAGGACUUCGACGGCCAAAUUAUUCUUCUCCUCUAUCAGAAUAUGUCCUGCAAACAGAAUUACCAAGGGGUUGUAAAAUCCCUAAGUUCACCAAAUUCUCAGGGGAUACUAGUGAAUCCACUAUAGAGCAUAUAGCUAGGUACAUGACUGAGGCAGGGGAUUUGGCGAACAGUGAGAACUUGAGGAUGAAAUAUUUCCCUAGUUCUUUAACAAAGAACGCCUUCACGUGGUUUACGACUUUGCCACCAAAUUCAAAAUAUGCUUGGCCCCAGUUAGAAAGAUUGUUUCAUGAACAAUUCUACAUGGGCCAAACUAAGAUAAGCCUUAAGGAACUAGCCAGCAUCAAGAGAAAAUUCACCGAACCUAUAGAUGAUUAUCUGAAUAGGUUCUGUUUGUUAAAGUCUAGAUGCUUUACAAUAGUGCCUGAACACGAGUUGGUCGAAAUGGCCGCUGGCGGUUUGGACUACUCCAUCAGGAAAAAAACAAAUAAGAAUUAUAAGAAAGAGAGGGUUGCUUAUGUCGAAUUCGAAGACGAAGAGUCUGAAAUUACUGAAGACCCCUAUGGUCUUGAAGAAUUCGAAGUAGAUUUGGCAGAAUUAAAAGAAGCACCACCCUACACCUGCAAAUUACUUACACCGUCGAAUGGCAGAAAUCCUGUCGAAACUGAAAAAAACGAUAGAUUUCCCAAAAAGACUUACACAUUUGAUGUUACGAAAUGUGACAAGAUCUUCGAUCUAUUAGUAAAAGAUGGCCAAAUGAUAAUACCAAGAUUCCUCCGUUAG